CUUCCGUCCAGUUGAAUUCGAGCACCUCCAAAACAGCCCAAUGGACUUCUUUAAAGUCGGUGUAGUUGCUACACAAUGACGUCUUGCCUAUAGACACCCUGCGCGUUUCUACUUAUUUGCUUGUGGUGCCUCCUGUGCCUGCAGUCUUUAGCGCAACCCUGGUUCUCUGUGCGAGCUUCGCAACCUGCGAUAUAGACCAAGCCUUUCAACUGUGUCCCUGCGAUAUGUUUGCUCUUCAUUAAAACCCGUCCGAUCUGCGCCCAAUCAAAUACGGAGAUUGCGUCUCGGUCAACUAAUAGGCCAAUUUAUCCUUGCAAUCCCGUGUCUUUGUGCACCGAAACCUCCGCUGCAGCACUAUACAAGUCGGGCGGCUGGCUGCUGCAAGGCGUCCUGAGACCCGGCGAACCAGUCCCAAUCUCUAGACACUGCGCGAGGUGCAUUGCCGACCCACGACGACAGCCGCGUGUAACGCCCGGCCGCUUUCAAAAUGGAUCAGGCUCUGGGUUUAGGCCUCAACGGCGUCAACCUCGCCAUCACACACCAGGACAAGGUUAUCGACCCUAUCCACCGCAGAUACAAGAAAAUUCGUGGCCAAGUUCCUCAACCAGAUCCCGAUCUCUACGACAGAAGGACAAUGGAAGAGAAGGGCCUCGUCCUGCGCCGUCGGCGGGAUGUUGCCUCGGACGAAGAGAUCGUGGAAGUGGUGAGGCACAAAGGGGACGUUCUACCCCGUCGGCCUGGUCGGUCUGGUCAACGACAGAGAGCCAGCUCCAUGCACACUGGUCGAGAUAUCGGUGCAGGUGCGGCCGCGGGUGCAGGUGCAGGUGCGCUUGUUGCCCACCGCGACCGAGAUCGUGAUAGAGACAAUUACUAUGACUCCGAAGGCUCGGUACCUCCACGAUCGCGCGUGCGAGCAAAGUCCUCCUCUGGUCGCUCCCGCCGCCGUCGAAGCUCCUCAAGCUCCUCUUCGUCCUCGCUGCUCUCUUCCACCGAGGAAGAGAAGAACAUUCGCAAGAUGCAACGCAAAAAAUGGCUCACAGCCGCCCUAGCAAGCGUGGCCACAAUCCACGCCGCCUCAAAGGUCUAUUCUUCUAUCGAGUCGCACGAUAAGCGAAUGGAAAAAGUCCGCGAGGGCAAAAUGUCUCCAGAGGAAGCUCACAAACAACAACGCGCCUCCCGCUGGCAAGAUGCUGCCGCCAUUGGAAUCGCCGCAUUGGGUCUCAAAGGUGCGGUGAGCGAGUGGAAUGAACUGUCCGAGGAGCACAAUCAACACAAGGAGCUUCUCUCUGCGAAAGAAGAGCACCACAGAAAGCGUAUGGAGCGCGAGAGACGCAAGCGGGCAAGGGAACGGGGAGGAUACUACAAGGGACGAGACGGCAAUUGGUACUACGACGGCCCUGAGCCACAAAACAGUGAAAGUUACCGUGGAAGCCAUUCUAGUGGCAGGCCAGCGGGCCAUUACGACGAUGACCGAGCCAUCAGAGACUCGAAUCGAGCGAGAAAGAUGUACGAAGAAGAUGGGGAUUUCGACGAUUACGAUAGCAGGAGAUCCAGGUCUCGACGUGCGGAGUCUAGAAGCCCGUCCAAAUCGGCGGACCCUAUGAAGAAGUACAGGAAGAAGCCAGAAAAGACUCGUACAACCGUGGGAAAUUUCGGCGCGGACCUGGUUGAGGACAUCAUGGGUGUCUGAGGAGAGCUGGUCAGACCUGAAAGCAGCAUGUCGAGAAGUUGGGUGAGCACAUCUGUUCGUGGAUUAAGCGUGGCAUUUGCAAAGCACCACAUUGCAACCAAAUUUCGGGCUCAGAAUGACACAUCAAGAGAUUCCGAGCGAAAGGAAAACAGGGUAUCAGUUGGAGGAAAUCUUGAAGUGGUUCGUUCCCGCGUGCCCCUUAGCGAUAUGAUAGGGUUGAGUCGCGCAUAGACAUUUUCGAAUACUAGUCACAAGAGUCGGGAUAUGACAAUGUUGGGAAUCGGGUUACGAUUUGGAUGAGGCCAUGAGACAUGAAUGAUGAUACGGCGCAAUAGAUUGAUUGUCAUUGGUUUAUGUUUUCUUGUCUUGAUCUCUCUGACCGCGUUGGAGCUGGUAGGCAUGUGUUUUCGGUUGACGCAAAACCUGCGAACCAGGCUGGUCAAACGCUGGAAUUAGGGAUGAUGUCCAGGAUGUUCUAUCGUCAGCAAAGAUUUCUA